AUGGCUACACCGACAGAAUUAAUGGGUAUUCAAAUGCGUCAAUCCCUCAGUGAUGGACGUAGCAGUGGAAAGAGACAAGAUGAAACUGAGCUAGCUGGGCGAGAUCUGAAUGCUAAGAGACAACUGCAAUGGUCAGAAAUGAUGGAACGAGAUGAGAAGCAAGGAGUGUGGGCUAAGAAUGAUACAAGUAAAUUCAAAGCACCGUCAGGAAAAUUGCAAUUCAUUCCGCCAAAGGAGGUGGCAGGCCAGAACAUUGCUCAGAUGCAGAUGGAGGAUGUUAAAUCUGAAGCAGAGUACUGGGAAUCUUCCAUCGCAUAUUUUGUACUGGGAGCUCAUCCACCAAUUGGCAUUAUGGAGAGAUAUUUCCAGAAGCUCUGGGGAAAUCUAGGCAUUGAUAAGGUAAUUCUCUUGCCUAGUGGGCUUUUUAUUGUUAGAUUUACAACUCUAAAUGCUAGAGAUUCAAUGCUAAAUGUGAAUUUCUACCAUUUCGGGUCAAAGCCCUUAAUCGUGAAGCCUUGGGAUGUAGAAAAAGGGAUUAAUUAUAAUGAUGUUGAUUAUGUUCCUAUAUGGAUACGUUUAUAUGGCUUGGAAGUUAAAUUUUGGAAUCUUAAUUCCCUUAGUAGGCUGGUCGUCUAUGAAUGGUUACCCACUAGAUGUGCUCAUUGUACAGAAUAUGGUCAUCUCACUGAUAAGUGCAGACUUAAAUUGAGGAAAGUAGAGGAUAAGCCUAAACAACCACUGUCAGCUUGGAAAAAAGUGGAAAAGGAUGAAGGUAGAAGUAACGCUGAAAAGAUAAUAGUAACUGAUGAUAAUCAAAGGAAGCCUACAGUGAGGAGAAAAGAUCAAUCAUCAUGUGAGGGAAGUUUAGUCAAAAGUAUUGGGCAGUUUGCAAAUAGCCUAUAUGAGGAAGGUAAUCUGGAGAAGAAUAAGGGGGAUCAGAGCUGUGAGGACGAGACUAUGAAAGGAUUGAUGUUCACCUGGUGCAACCAAAGAUUAGGAACCGAAAGGAUAUAUGCUAAAUUAGACAGAGCAUUAGUCAAUAGUGAAUGGAUUGACCAAUAUGUAGAGUCUAUAGCAACGGUGUUGAUGGAAGGAGUAUCGGAUCACUCACCAAUUGAGGUUCAGUUCAAGGCAGAAAUGCAGAGGAGGAGAAGUGCUUUUAGAUUUUUUAACACGUCGUGUCUAUCCACUGAAUUUCUGAGCACAGUGGAAAAGAGUUGGGCAGCAAGUGUUGAAGGCACUUCUAUGUAUCAAUUAUGUCAGAAGCUGAAGAGGUUAAAAUAUCCAUUGAAGAAACUUAACAGACUACAAUUUGCAGAUAUAGUGGAAAAAGCAAACAGAGGACAGGUACAACUGGAAGUGAUGCAACAAAAGCUCAGCUUUGAUCCUGGUGAUGUUGAUUUGCAGAUUGAAGAAAGGAAAUUGUAUCAUCUGGACGCAAAAAUCUGGAACAAAGCAGCCUUACCGAAAGAAGUGUGGCAGAUAGCUUCACAGAAAGAUGCAUUAUGGAUUAAGUGGAUUCAUGGUGUUUAUAUCAAAAGUUCAUCAUUCUGGGAAGUAGAGGCUAAAUGUGAUGCUAGUUGGCAGUGGAAAAAGCUCUUGAAGAUCAGGGAUCAGGGGAAACUUGGUUUUGCUGGAAGCAGUUGGCUGGCAUUAAAUAAUGGUAAAUAUAUUGUGAAAUCAGGGUACACUUGGCUUACAGGGAAUGAGGGAAGAUCGAUGCCUAAGUUCCAAGAUGGACUCUUUGUCAAAUCAAGUAAAGGAUGUUCUUUCUGCCCUCCGUCAAAGAACCAUUCCGAAUGGCUUAAUUCCAAAUCCCCGGUUAUUUCGCAUGGUGGUUACAAGGACAGAUCGUCUUCUAUGACCUGUACUGGAAGUUCAUCAGAGAAUCCGAUUCAAUUGAAGGAGAAGGCAGCUAUGGUUCCAUUCUAUACUCAACCUAGAGUUGAAUUACAGGAGCAACAAUUGGAGUUGUCAAUUAAGAAACACAAAGCUACAGGCAAUCAAUUUCCAAGAGUUAAUCAGGGAUACAGUAGAACUUCUGAAUUGAGUAAGCAGUCGCCAAAGUCCAGUAAAUCGAUUAAUCCAGAAUUGGAAGAUGCAGAUGUAGAAUCUCCUGAAUUAGAAGCUCUUGAAUUGCUAGUUGAUGAUGGAAUCGACCUGAACGACCUCACCAUUGAAGAGGGUUCGAUGCAUGUAUUGUCUGUUGAUUGUGUUAAACAGACUAUUCUGGUUGCAAGAAAGGUUCAGGGAAGGAUAGUAAAGAUUCUAAUCGAUACAGGGAGUACUGACAGCUUCGUUGACAUGCUUUUGGUCAAGGAAAUGAGACUUCCUUUUGUGCAAUCUCACACAUUUACAAUUAUAGUGGGUGACGGCAAUAAAAUCUCUGGUAACUUGAUAUCUCCUAAUCUCCACUGGAAUAUUGAAGAGUACAAGUUCAGCUUUGACCUGAAAAUCAUGAAGUUAGGGGGUUAUGACAUGAUAAUUGCUGUAGAUUGGAUGAGGCACUUCAAUCCAAUUACUUUCGAUUAUGAUGAAAUGCAUGAGAGGUUAAGCAAAUAUGGUCGUCAACACAUUCUCCAAGGCACUGGAACAAUGGCUAGUAUGAGUUUGAUUCGUGAGGAAAAUUGUCCAGGGGUCAAACAGGAAAGAAGGUGCAGGAUGUUUGCCGUGCAGCUACAAGAAACAGAAUCAGUGGAAACAAUGGCAGGAACUAACUAG